GGGCUCAUUUGCAUAUCAGAAUUAGGGGAUGGAUGUGCUAAUGCAUGUGUGUACUUCAGGAUUUUUAAAGUGUAGAAUAGCUUUCAGCUGGGACCGUCUUGCAUUCUGCUAUCUGGCUUUUGCCCCAAAUCCCCUAAUUAAAGAGUUAAUUAAUGGAUUUUUGGUCAUUAGUCAUCAUGUAUUGCAUUCUUUUUUGAAGGGAUUACCUGCCUGGCCAUAUAACUCAACUGCAAAAACAAUAUCUGUGCUGCUCUUACAGCUCUUUUAUUUAAAAACAAGGAUGAAAAAAAAAACACUCCGUAUAGGCAUACUUUCCCCUGUCACCUUUACCGAUGACAUAGUAAAAUGAGAGCAAAUAGUGUUAACAUGGCACACACCAUUGUUUUCCUCUUGAAGUUGCUUCCAAACUUCGUAUAUCACUCAUCUACCUUCCCAUCUGAAAAACCAGAAAAAAUGAAAAGAAAGAAGCUUGUUUUCAAACAGGUUCAACUCUUGCCCACACCUUGCGUCUAAAAUUUGGUUACUACAUGCCAAGCCAUUUUUAUCUUCUGUGGGUGGGUGAGGGUUACUCUGUACUGCUCCGUCUGCUGGUGGUGAUGUUCGUCUCAUCACAAUUAUCAGAUCACCAUCUCAAACAUGCAGGCUUUGUAUGUAUUUGUCCUUUCUAUGUGUUUCAGCCUCAGAACAGCAAUUCCCAUAACGCAAGCUAAUUUUCGUUUAACUAAAUCACACGUUGGUGUAGAAAUCCUCAUAGCUGUUGGGAAAACAAGAACCAUGUGAUAGCUCAGCAAUAGCUGUAUUGAUGACAAAUCAAGUGUAGCAAUACCUUUCAUUUGUAGAAUCAAUGGCUGAAAUGGAUUCCACCUUUAUCAAGGAAGAACCACAAGGAACCUCCCCUUUACCUGAAAACCAUGGAAAAACUGAGGAGCUUAUCACUGAUGAAUGUUCAGGACCUGCACCAAUCGGAACCAUCCUUGCCAGCAGGAGAGUACACAAAGACUUCAGAGGUUUAACUUCCACUAUGCCGAAUGGACAGCUUGUACAGGGUCAUGUGACAUCAAGCACUGGAGAGACUCUACUCAAAUUUAAUUUCUGUUCUGUCGCAAUCGCUCAACCUAAAAACCUCGGACACCAUGUGCUGACUGAUGCAAGAGAAGAGUCUCAGAAGUGUGGCAUUUCUUCGGCUACAUUCGGCGAGUCUGGAAACUUAGAACAACACGUGGUGAUCCGCACAGGAGAAAACCCAUUCAGGUGCAAGCUCUGUUCUGCCGCAUUUACCAAGUCUGAGAAUCUCAAGCUCCACAUGAUGACACACACAGGGGAGAAGCCGUACCAAUGCAUACUGUGUCCUGCUGCUUUUUCCCGGUCUGGAAGCCUGAAGAGGCACAUGGCAAUGCACGCUGGGCCACACAAGUGUGAACUGUGCUCCUCUGCGUUCAAUGAAGCUGGACAUCUUAAACGUCACAUGCUGAUGCACACAGGAGAGAAGCCAUUCAAAUGUGAGCAGUGUCCUGCUGCUUUCAAGUGCCCUAGACACCUGAAGAGCCACACGCACACAGGAGAGAAGCCAUUCAAGUGUCAGCUUUGUUCUGCUUCAUUUUAUAAGUCUCAGCAUUUGAACUGGCACAUGUUUGUCCACACGGGAGAGAAGCUGCACCAGUGUACGUUCUGUCCUGCACAAUUUAAUACAGCUUCGAGCCUAAAACACCACAUAAGGACACACACGAACGAAAAGCCGUUCAAGUGCGAGCUCUGUUCCGCAGGGUUCAACAAUUCUACAGCACUUAAGUAUCACAUGCAAGAACACACGGGAGAGAAGCCAUACAAGUGUGAGCUCUGCCCAGCAGCAUUUGUGUGCCUUGACAAACUCAAAAGACAUAGUGUUUUACACACUGGAAAGAAGAUGUACAAGUGUGAAUUCUGCCCUGCUGAGUUCAGUGACGCCACAAGUCUGAGAGGUCACAGACGAAAACACACGGGCAAAAAGCCAUUCAAGUGUGAGCACUGUUCCUCAGCAUUUGCAUGGCCCACACAGCUCAGGACUCACAUGGUAGUGCACACAGGAGAGAAGCCCUUCAGGUGCAAGUUGUGUCCUGCACAGUUCAACCAUUCUCGAAGCCUCAAGUGUCAUGCCCAAAAGUGUCAUGCAAACACAACAUAGUGAGUGGUUCUAUACAGGUAUCCUGCACGUUGCCAUCACCUGCAUUUGGACAUCCUAUGUGCGCGGGCACUGCAUUGAAAGGGGACAGUGUCUUCAGA